AUGCGCGGCUCCGCCGGCCUCCAGGCGAGCUUCAUGGCUGGCCUCCAGGCGGCUGGUGACGACCCUGACGACCAGGGAUCGCCCCCCGGCUCGCCACCAGUUCCGCAGCCCAGCGGCGACAGGAAGGCCGCUUGGUCGCCUCCUGGCUCGCCGACCCCGGCCAGGCAGGCCACCCCGGCGACUGCCGCUGUGAGUGUCAUCGACUACAGCCAGCCGAUCGACUUCAGCCGGUCGGGUCCCGGGGAGGGGUCCUCCAGCCAGCGUCCCCCGCCCGCCAAGUCGUCGGUCUUGGAGCUGAAGCCCGCAUCAGAGGUGAGCCUGGGCGAUAGGGAACGCGGAACAAAUGGGCUGCGGAUGUUCGACUUGGGGAUGGAUGUUUGCGCGGAUGCCGUUUCGGGGUAG